CAGGUUCGAAUCCUGCCGACAACGAUUACAUGAAUUUUUUUUCGAGAUAUUACAUUUUAACGCUUUCUUAACUGACGUAUUCGCAUUCCAUACUUAUUUUUAUUUUAAUUUUAGUUGUCCCGAUGAAAAUCUAAAUGAUAGUGGCGUUAUUUGGAUUGAAGGAACGUCUGCACAUUUCCGCCUCACGCUCACAUGGUGGGCAGCGUCAAGCCUUCUUAACUGCAAUCGUACUUUCCUUUUUACUUUGAAAAUAAAUUCCAACGUAAAUUUACUGUCUCAAUGAAUUCAUAGCUGCUGCUUCUUUACGUUAUUUUUGAUUGUUUGUUUUGAAUUGUCCGAGAUAAACCAAUUAAAUAGAGACAUAAUUUACUUCGAAGGCUUGGCUAUGUAGUUCCGCCUCAUGCUGCCGUUCCUUAGCAACGUCAAAUGUGUCGUAAUAGCGACCUAGCCAGCUAGCUUCUGAAACUAGCCGGCAGACCGCCCCAAUGGACGAUGACUUGGACGAGCUGUUGGACGAAGUGGAAAAGAAGUUCUGCCACAACAUUUCCGUCGCGUCUGACAGCCCGUCGAGCUCUAAAAAGGAGAGAGAGUGCGGGAAAGACGAGCUUCUGAAUGUCGGACGUGGACAGAAGAUAAGCAGCAGCAUCACUGAGGACAUUGACACUCUAUUGAAGGAAUUCCAGGAGGAAGACCACAGUGAUGCACUUCAGACUAAGACUGCACCGCUUUCCAAAGGACACCGGGACGACCAGAUUCAUUGUCAAUCUGGAGGGAGAAAAUGCUGUCCCGUUUACCUUGGAGGGAGUGCCGUAGCUAAAGGAGUGGGAACGGCCACUUCCAAAAGAUCAUGCGACCAGCUGAGAUGCACUUCCUGCGACUUCCGGGUGCUGACGUUUGACGACUGCGAGUGGGACUCGUCAUGCGAUUACCUCUUCCUCAGGAACAACAUGCCCAACCAAGGGAAGCUGGGAGCCAAGCUGCGGAAGAGGAGAGGCGUCCGGGCGUACGCUUGCCAGUGCAGCUGGUUCACCGCGUCGGACGCCACGGACGUGUCGCUGCACCAGCAGCUCAGAUGGGCAUGUGCGAGACACCCGGACUAAACCAUCAUCAUACAGUUCCCUCAGAGAACGUUACAGUGUAUCGUCAUGGCAACACAGCCUGUACACAACAGUGGACUGGACUUUUAUGUGAUGCUCUUUAACAAAUAUUAUAUUAUGACAUAUAAUAUGAAUUAUUUUUAAACACUUGGACCAGUCUACCAAGUAGACAUACCCAAUUAUGCUGCUUUUCCAAACUAACCAUGUCAAUCGAAGCGGAGAUUGUGACUGCUGCAUUUCAUGAAAUAAUUCAAUAUCUCCAGCUUUUUGACUCUGGACAUUUUUAUUGAUUUCACAAGAAUCUUGCUGAAGGAUUUACUUGUUCGGAUGAUUCAAAUAAUGUUUACAUAUUUUUUUCUUUUUAGUCAUUUAAUCUCAGUUUAGCGUUUUAUAAUAAGUAAAAAACGUGUCAAAUUAAAAUUUUAUUUUCCA